UCCACGUGGGAAAAAAAGUAAUGAGACACUAGUAAAUGAUAGGAAAAGAAAGUUAAUGAAUACAGACUUGGCUCAUGAUUCGGAAGAGCUUUUUCAGGAUCUUAGCCAGCUGCAAGAGACUUGGCUUGCAGAAGGUAGGUAAAAUCUUAGCUUUAUUUAAAUGGCUGCAUACAUGAAAUGAAAGAAAGAAACAAAGAAACGUAAAAAAAAAAAAAAAAAAAGCCUGAAGUUGUCUUCUUAAUGUGCAGCCCAAUUAAUCGGGCUCUAAAAGAGCCACCUCAUGUGUCAUGCAUACAUUAGAUCCUCUGAUGAGUUUGUCUUUAGGGACUCUGGUGCUGUUCUACCCAGUGCCAUCACAAAUUACCAGGAGAAAUUGCUUGCAGCUCACAAUCACAUCUGCUUUUGGCAAGAACUAAUACCUAGUCUUCAUAUCCUAGGUCUAAUUUUUUCACAGUUCUUGACCAGCUUGAGUUCUUAAACUGCAUUAUUGAAAAUAAAGCAACAACGACAAUUUCAGAAGCUUGGCAAAUAAGGUUUUUAUAUUCUGGUGUUGUUCUGAUGGAAAAAAAUAGUCUUUGUGGAUUUCUACAGACGUGAUGCUUCAGGAUUUAAGUGCAAGUGUUUUCUUCCCACCUUGUUUACAACAUAGAAGUUUAGCUCAAGUUCCAGACAAUGAUGAGCAGUUUGUACCAGACUUUCAAGCUGAAAACUUGGCCUUUCACAGUCUCCCUCUGAAAAUCAAAAAGGAACCCCAGAGUCCUUGCUCAGAACUGAGCUCUACCUGCAGCCAAGAGCAACCUUACAAAUACAGUUAUGGGGAAAAGUGCCUGUAUAAUGUCAGUGCCUAUGAUCAGAAAUUGCAAAUUGGAAUGAAGCCUUCUAGUCCUCCUACAUCAUCCAGCACUCCAGUGUCCCCACUCCACCAUGCUACUUCAAACCCGCCUCCUACUCCAAAAUCGGAUCGAACCUACCCUCCACAUCUUCAGCCAUCACAGCAAAUGCCUGAUAAUUCCUUCCAGAUGGACCACAGAUUUCGCCGCCAGUUGUCAGAACCAUGCCAUUCAUUCCCCACUCCCCCUGCAAUGCCCAGAGAUGGCAGACCAAUGUACCACAGGCAGAUGUCUGAGCCUAGCAUCCCUUUUCCACCACAGAGCUUCAAACAGGAGUUUCCCGAUCCUGUGUAUGAGCAUGCGGCCAUGGUUAGUGGAUCAGCAAAUCCGACCUAUCCUCCUUCAAUGAUCAUCAAACAGGAGCCAAGGGAUUUCACAUAUGAUUCAGAAGUACCAAGUUGUCAUUCCAUCUACAUGAGGCAGGAAGGUUUUUUGCCUCAUUCCAAUAGGACUGAAGGCUGUAUGUAUGAUAAAGUACAGAGACACUUUUAUGAUGAUACUUGUGUUGUUCCUGAAAAGUUUGAAGGUGACAUUAAACAGGAACCUGGUAUGUACAGAGAAGGCCCCACAUAUCAACGACGAGGAUCUCUCCAAUUAUGGCAGUUUCUGGUUGCACUUCUGGAUGAUCCGUCAAACUCUCAUUUUAUAGCCUGGACUGGUCGAGGAAUGGAGUUUAAACUCAUUGAGCCUGAAGAAGUGGCACGUCGUUGGGGCAUUCAGAAAAAUCGUCCAGCCAUGAAUUAUGAUAAGCUGAGUCGAUCUUUGCGCUAUUACUAUGAGAAAGGGAUCAUGCAAAAGGUGGCAGGAGAAAGAUACGUGUACAAAUUUGUGUGUGACCCAGAAGCGCUUUUCUCCAUGGCUUUUCCUGACAAUCAACGCCCUGUGUUGAAGACCGAUAUGGAGCGCCAUAUCAAUGAGGAAGACACUGUCCCACUUUCCCACUUUGAUGAAAACUUGGCUUACGUGCAGGAGGGAGGUUACUGUAAUUCUCAUCCUUAUAAUGAAGGCUACGUGUAUUAACAGAUGACGUGGCAGAUAAUUCCCUCAAUGUGUUCUUAUACGUCAUGGAUCAAGGUUCGAUUUAGGAUUUACCUAGAUCAUAAUUUGCUUUCACUGGCUUCAUGAAGAGGGUCUUUGUUCUUAUCAUAUUACAACACAAUCCACUAUGGAUAGUGCACUUUAUUGAUAAAGACUGAAAUUUGAAUUUGAAUAGAAAAGGUGGGGUUGUUUUUACUUUAUUUUCUAAGCAUUUGAAAGCAACUUUAAGAAGAUAUUUCACGAGUAAUCCAGUCAAAUGAGAUUAGAUCGAUUUGGGAUUUACAAUGAUGAUUGAGAUGUUACUUUCUCCAUAUGAAAAUGUCCACUAUUACUAAUAGGACAAUGUGGGGAAAUUGGAUUUUCCCCAGAGGAGUACAACUGCAAGAUAAAUGCCUUUAUAGUUUGAAAAGGUUUUUUUUUUUUUUUUGGCUUCAUUCUGGUUGUCGUCAUCUGCUGAUGUCAGCAAUACUGAUUAUUUAAAAUUGCAUUCAUUCCAAUUAUCCUUUACUUUUAAAAAGGAAAUGCUGUUUUGAGAAAUUGAUAUUUAAACUAACAGUUUUGAAGUUAGACAAAGGUAACUGAUAUGGCAUAGCCCAACGUAGAGUUAUAUUCUUGCCAUGUUGGCAACUAAAGACCACAGUGUGUUGUGAAUUUUAUUUGUAUUUUUAUUUUUGCAAAUUUGUUUUAAGGUAUACUAUGCGCAUUGUGCGAAUAUGCUUUUUCUUUUAAUCGGAUCUGAAAUCUGUGCCCCUACAUGUAUGAUUUUAAGAAAGAAAACACUAUUAGCAACACUCUGACCCCAAAGAAAAUUUUAGAAAAAUAUGAAAAAAGAGAUCUUAAGCAAUACUCAUAUUGUAAUUAUUUAUUUACACCAUAAUUUGCUCACUAAAGAGGAAUCACCUGUAUUCUUAACUCAUUUUAUUAUUAAUGCUGUAUUAACACAAUAAACACACUUAAGUAAAAUGUAUACAAUAAAUAGGUACUUAGUUGAUAGUCAGAGUACCUUGUGGGAUGCAGUUAAUAUCUUUACAGUUACUUUGCCUCUGUUUAUUAAAUAUUCAAAUACAAUAUUAGAAUAUGAACAUGCUUCUGCUGUUGGUCUAUUUUCUGUGAUCUAAUAUUAAGUAUGAUCAACUUCACUGAGGAGCUCAGACUGAAGCUGUGAGUGCAGUAGCAGCAUUUCAAGACACAAUAGAUGAUUGCAGCAUUAGAAGGUAGUUUAAGCUGUAGCUUCACUGCAAGUAGCACUUCAUUCAUUUGGUGAAAAUGUUCUUCAGAUUUGGAUGAAAAAUGUAUGUAUCGAACAUCCAAACAGGAUGGAAAGUUUAUGUAUCAAGCAUCAGUGAAAAUUGCAGAAAUUUAAUGUAUCUAGUGCUGGCACUAUUCUGUGAUAUUACUUUUAUAUCUGCAAUUAUGAUUUCAUAGCUAGUUCAUUUUCUGGAAAAAAAUUAUAAAAUUAUAUAUAUAUACACAGUAUAAAGAAAAACGAAUAAAAUGACUAACCAGCUACAGUAUCUAAAGCCAUUGGACAUAUAGCGACUAGGAACCUUCCAGAUUCUUUCUAUAAAUGUCAUUAUUAAGUACCCUGUUGUCAUUGGCCACACAACGAGAAAGCAGUGAAAAUGUUGAUAUUUUCUUCAACUCUAGAACAGAGCACUUUAUUCAGCCUCUUCAUUUAUUUUCAACUUGCAGAGCAGUUCUUCACCCUUAAAUUAUUGAGUGGUUCCUUCCACUUCUAUGUUUAAUAUCGGUUUUUAACUUCCUUGAUGAUAAUUUUAAUUAUUUCUGUUAGUUAAGAAAAUAAAGUCUGAAUUAUUAUGUGGUUUGGUAUGGUAAUAACGCAACUUGGCUGGCUUUGUGGCUCUUGCAAAACAGUGAAGUGGAGACCGGAAACUGAAUAAGACAAGUGGGCUUUUGAACUCCGUAAUUAAUUAAUAAAAAGAGAAAAAGAAAAAAAGUGGUUGUUGUGGCUUCCUAAUUUGAAAAUUAAGAGUUUUGAGCAUAUAUAUAUAUAUAUAUAUUAUAUACAGAGUUGCUGCAAACAAAACAAAUUCAGUAUUUUGUAUAGACAUAUUUUAAAAACAAAAAAAAAUUAAAAUGGCUCAAACUCCAAUGAGAAAAUUCUGCAUUAUGGUGUGAUACAUGAAAGUGUUUUGUUAAGACAAUCUAUUCUGUAUAAUGUCAGUACACAAAGCCUAAAUGUAUAAGAUAGCAUCUUUGAGGCCAGAAUUACAGUUUGGGCAGAUUUACACAUUUCCACAGAAGCCCAGUGGUCCUGCUUGCUUGUUUCAUGCUUAUGGGAUGCUGGGGGACUGUAUGAUACUGAAGACUUGCUCUCUAGUUAAGAAUGACUUAAAUGGAAUACUGUCUGACACUACCCUUCCUCAAAAAAUGUCAAACUGCCUGCUUUCAAAUUUCAUUUCAACACAACCAGAUCAUUUCAGUACAUUUGUGGCGUUCUAUACUUGUAAACCAUUGACCUUUGAUUAUAAACCAUGGAGAACCACAAAGCAUCUUAAACAAAAAAAGAAUUAGUGUUUUUUAAAUUUGCCAUUCAUAUAUAUGAAGGUGCCUAGAUGUUAGUAGGUAUGAAAUACCAGUGUUUUACAAUUUUCAUGUGUUUUCCAGAGAGUAAAAGCAAUUUGAGUCUAGAUGAAGCAGUUGCUGUCAGAUUGAUUGCUAAACCGUCCAGAUCUCAGUGUGAUUGUGCGAAUGCUUUAUACAAACGUACAGUGAAGCUCCCUUUUGGAUGAGCUGUAGCUUCGCACCAUGAAAGGUUCCUGCACAACAACAGAAAGGAUAAUUUGACUUGUUAAAAAUAGAUACAUGAACCUUAACUUUGUUAUGUUUGUUUUAUAUAAAACAGAAAACAAAAAUAGAUUUCAUAAAAUAGAUUUCAUGACACUGCCUGGCUAUUUAAUUUGCAUAAACAGUACACAACUGUUCUCAUAGCAUUUGAAUUAUGCAGUAAAGGCAUCAGACAAAAUUGUUACUUGUAGGUAUCCAUUAUAAGCAGCUUUUAACAGUCUGCCUAUUAUAGAACAUAAGAUAUAAAUCAAUGAGUAAUGGCAGUGACAUAAAAUAUUUCAAGAGUCUUACUGUUUUAAUAGUUAUUUAUUACUGUUGACAGCAUAUUUAGUAAAAUGUCUAUAGACAGUUAUUAGCUGGUUUGUAAUGGAUCCUUAAAGCGUGACCAUAUUAUUUCUUUCUGAGUUCAUGAAAUGAAAACUGAAGAAAUGCUUAGAUGCUCCUUAUCAGUUAUCUAGUCUACUUAGACAUCAUAACUGUUUUCUACAAUUUUAUCGUCUUUUCAAUAUUUUAUCUUUUUUAAAGGAGAAAUGUGUGUGACGGUAAAAUUGUCCAAAUGCUGCUUUUUUCUUUAAUUAUUUUUGUUUCUUUUUCCUGGCAGGUUAAUAAACAUGGCAGCUGAAUUCUGUAGAGAUCUUGUGUAUUUCAUGUUUUGUUCACAUGAUGUUUAGUUUGAUCAAAUACGUUAAAAUAUUAAAAAAAAUAUUAUUUUGUAACUGAUAAUCCUUAUAUACAAUAAAGUGGGGUCAAGCAAA